AUGGAAGCCACGAAUGUCUCUGCCUCGCACUCCGUGCAGGCCACUCAGGAGUGGGCCCCGCCAUCUCAACACUCGGAGAGCCUGUUUGGAAGAGUGGUGAAAAGCAACUCCUUUGACGUCUUCUUUUCACUGGUGGUAAUCUCGAACGCAAUCUUCAUUGGCAUCGAUGUGCAGCUGAAUCCGACCAUGGCUAUGAAUCCGCGCACGCCUAUCAUGGUCGCAAUACAGUAUUUCUACACCAUUCUCUUCUGUAUAGAGCUUGGCCUCCGCGCGGCUGCUCUCGGCAAGGAAUAUUUCUGCUCGCAGGAGUGGGCGUGGGCAGCCCUCGAUGUUUUCAUCGUGCUUACUUCCCUUUGGGAGGUUUUCGUAGAUACCUGGUAUGCACUCGUCGAUGACGGUUCGACGAGUAUAGACAAUUUCGGAGGCCUCGCCGGCCUCAGAGCUUUCAGGAUUGUGCGAAUCACGCGCAUCGUGAAGACCGUCCGCCUGAUGCGCAUCUUCCGGUUUGUACUGGCAUUGCGGACACUUGUCUACUCCAUACUUCACACUUUGAAGGCUUUGUUUUGGGCAUUGGUGCUGCUUUUUCUCAUUAUCUAUGUGUUUGCGCUCAUCUUCACGCAGGCUAUUAACGGUCACCUUCACGAUCCUGAAGCUCCACAGCUGCCCGCAGCAGAGCUCGAAGUGAGUCUGACCUUCUACGGCACUCUGAUUGACACAAUGGCCAGCCUCUUCAUGAGUGUGACAGAUGGUGUGAGCUGGGAGAAAAUUUACCGGCCCCUCUACCUGAUCUCGCCGUUAUGGAGCUUCCUUUUCCUGUUUUACGUGUGUUUUGUGUACUUCGCGGUCCUCAAUGUGCUGACGGCAGUCUUCUGUCAGAGUGCCAUCGAGAGCGCCGAGAACGAUCACGCGACGGCCGUGCAGAAUAUGAUGGCCAACAAGGAGAUGCACUUGAAAAAGAUCCGGGCCCUCUUCAGCCAGUUGGGCAACGAAGAGUCUGGCGUGAUCACCUUCGGCCAGUUUGAGUCCAAGAUCCACUCGCCAGAAGUCCGCGAGUACUUCGAGACCCUCGGCUUGGAUGUCGAGGAUGCUUGGAGCUUCUUCAAGCUCUUGGACCGAGACGGUGGUGGAUCGGUUGAAGUGGCCGAAUUCCUGAAGGGCUGCCUGCGAUUCCGAGGUCAGGCCAGGGCUAUAGACAUUGGACAGCUGCUCCACGAUCAGGGAUGGCUACUGCGUGCCUGGACUGCAGAAGCAGAUCUCCUCUUUAACCGCUAUGUUGACGACCUCGUUGGAUCUCAAGCCGCGGCACAAGCCGUCGAAAUCGGAGAAGCCGGGCCAGCAGGUGUCACCUGGGGCUAUCACCCGAGCGUGGUUGCAACUGCUCUCCACGAGUACCUGCCGUUGCAGCAGUGCUACUGGCAGGCCUUGCAAGCAGCCCAUGCUGGUGCAGGGAUGACUCGCUUGCUGUGGCUGCUCGACGAGGCCGAGGAGCUGCGAGAGCCCUCAAGUCAGUUAAUGCUGGAAGCCGGUGGCUUUACGCAGGCAAAACGACCGCAGCUCGCUUUCGUGGCUCUGACGCCGCGGCCUCGGCCCGAUGUGGCAAGCCACUCUUCCGCAGAGCAGUCGGCUUCGAAAGCGGGUUCCUGGUCCCUGCAGCUGGAGCUGCUUGAAUCCUUGCGCAUGCAGGAGAUGGUACCGGACAUGAAGUGCUGCGGCGCUGCCCUUGCUGCGGUCGGCCGUUCGGGCCCCUGGCCUCAAGCCAUGCACCUCCUGAGAUAUCUCGCUGCGCGAUCCCUUGAGUCGAACUCCGUAAUGUGCACCGCCGCCCUUCGGGCAUGUUCCACGGGCCAGUCCUGGUUGCUUGCAGCCCAGCUUUUCCACGAGAUGCAGCUCACCAACACAGCACCGGACGAGGUGACCUUCGGUUCUCUCGCCUGCCAGGCUCAGACAGAGCCAUCUUGGGCGCGUGUCGCAUCCCUCCUUUGGCACGUGCGCAUGGGCGGAUUGCUGACGAAUCUCGUAUUGCAGAACACCGCCAUCACCGCGUACCAGCGUUGUGGGCAGUGGCGAAGAGCGCUGCUGCUACACUCGAGCAUGUCAAGCAGAGCGCUUCUGCCGGAUGCAAUCAGCCACAACAGCGCCAUCAGUGCUUGCGAUGAGGGCUCUAAGUGGGAGCCUGCUCUCGUGAUGCUGAAGUCCAUGGGCCCUGUGCGACCAGAUCAGUUUUCCUUCACAGCCGCGGGCGCGGCCUGCGGCCGGGCCGCGGCCUGGGCGGAGGCCCUGGUGCUGAGCGACGCGCGAAGGUACCGCUUGCAGCUCUCUUCAAUGAGCUGCAGCGCGGCCAUCAGUGCAGCUGCGAAGCAAAGCCACUGGCAGCUGCCGUUGAGUUUGCUAUGUGCCACUGCAAAGCCCAGUGGUGCCAUGUACAGAGCUGCUGUCGACGCAUGCGAUCGCGCGGGCUUUCCGCAGCAUGCCCAGGCAGUGCUUGUCGACUCCGAGCUGAACGGAGCCCACAGUUCUCCCACAUCCUUUUGUUGGGCGUUGGCCCGACUUGGCGUUAACGACCCGGCUGUCAUCCACGCUGCCCUGGCAGAAGCCUUCUCUGCUCAGAAGCAACAUUUGCCGCGUGGGCUUGGCUAG